GUUAACAUCCAAACAAAACAGAACGCUUGAAAUAAAAUCAAAUCAAAAUAAUCAAUAAAAAUGUGGUUAUAGAGUUAAUGAUGACUGAGAUUUGUUGUGGAUGUCUUAACAAUGACCGUAGGAUGGUGAAAAUUGAGGAAUAUAACGCGAAAAAAUGUUUUUUACAAAUUAUAAACGAAAUACCGAAUUCCUAUUCGGAGACACCGCUCCAACUCUGCUACGAAUGUGCUGGUCUCCUCUUUAAAUUUACUAAGUACAAACAGCAGGUGCUGCAAUCAUACAAAGCUCUCAAUAAUUAUGUUCAAAUAGAAUUAACACCGUACAGAAAUUUAGAAACAAAAUCACUUUUCAACAUAUCAACACCGUACCCACAAACCGAUGAAAUACGAACAAUAGAAGUAAUAAAGACAGAGUUUAACACAGAUGAAUACUUAUCUGAUAUAAAAGAAGAAAGAGAUGUAUCCAAUGAUGAUGAGCCACUAAUAAGGGUAAAGAAGAGAAAGAAAAAGAACGGUCACAUUAAGAAGGAGAUAGACGAUGCUCAGUUUGUGGAAGUGGAAUUGAGCAAAGACGAGAUAUUGGAGGAAAUUAAACAGUUGGCAUUGAGAGAAGAUUAUGUGAAUGCUAUGUUUCAAUGUGAAAAGUGUGUUACAUCGUUCCCCAAUGCCGAUGAUCUUGCCGACCAUAUUAGUCUAAAACAUAAAAUGAAUUCGUCAAAAUAUAAAUGUACGAUAUGCGAAUGUUCGUUCUCCUCGGAGGUUUCGUAUAAUUAUCACACAAACAAACACACACGCAGGUACCAGUGCGUCGUAUGUAGCGAGAGGUUCGUCAGCAAGAGGGGUGUUCUCAAACAUUACAAUAUGGUACAUUGUCAUAGAACCAAUGUGGAGUUCGACUAUGAUAAUAAUACUGACAAUUGUGAUAAUGAAACCCCUCAACACCAAGAUCCAAGCGCGCAAGACGACCAGCCCUCGUUUCCCUGUGAGUUCUGCGGGAAGACAUUUAAAUGGCGAACGUCGCUCCGUAAACACUUGGAGACUCAUCGCAUUGAAACUGGAGAGAAGAGGAAGCCUUAUUGUGCGCCUUGCAGACUUUCCUUCACAACUACAUCGAAUCUACAAAAGCAUGUCCGUACGAGUUCCAAACAUCAAAUCCAACUGAAACUGAGAAAGCUAACGGAAUCUCUACCGGAGCUGACCGGUCAGGACCGGCACAAGGCCCAACUGGAGAUCAGGAAGUCGGUGAACAAGUCGAGACAUCAGUUCCCUUGCACUCAGUGCGACAGAAGAUUCCUUUGGAGGGGGAAUUUGUUGAGGCAUAUGAACAGCCAUGCAGCCAAAGCAAACGGUGAUCUGAUCUGCAAGCCAUGCAACAGGACGUUCUCCUCCAUAGCGACCUAUCAGCAGCACAUGAAGAUAAGCAAGAAACACGUAUCGGAGAAUGAUUUCAAAUUCAUGUGCAGCGAUUGCGGCAAAAGAUUCCCGACCAAGUCUCGUCUGAGGGAUCACAUUAACUGGGAACAUCUCAAGAACUAUGUGUAUAGCUGCGACGAGUGUCAAAAGGUGUUCAAGACGAGCAACUCCGUGUAUCAUCACAAACAAGUCCAUAAGAAAGAUGUCGUUGAACAUCUCUGCGAUCACUGCGGGAAACCGUUUCCGAACCAAGCCAAGCUGCGCAGCCACAUCCUCGGGCUGCACAGUCGCGCCGCCGCGCACAAGUGUGGCACGUGCGGCGCGCGCUUCUCGUGGCACUCGUGUCUGUCGCGACACGUGCGGCAGAAGCACGCCAAUAAAAAAGACUGACCUCU